AUGCGUCAACUGCUUCUUCUGGUGAGUGGAACCUAUGACCACGCAGUCUGUUUUUAAUUUUCUGGAAAGUAAAGAAAUCGUUAGGACUUAGAUCGGGAGUAUAUGGAGGAUGGUCCAAUAAUUCCACGUUUUCUUCCGUUAAAUACUGACUUGUUUUUUGGGCUGUGUGCGAGCUUGCCUUGCAUUGUCGUGGUGGAGGAUUCUUCUUUCGGGGUUGAUUUUUCGAAGCUCGGUGAUGACGUUUGGCAAACAAAUGAUGGUAUACCAUUACUCAUUAAGACGAAUUGCGGCAAUAUGACCCGCUUUUGACACAAAUGUCCGUUUUUUGACACCAGUUAACCCUGGCUGCUUUCUGCUCUUCAGUCAACAGGUGGGGUAUCCAAAAAGAAACUAAUUUUCUUACUCCU